AUGAUCAUCGACCACCGAAGGUUCCCCUACCCCCGGACGAAUUUCACCAAGGAGGAGCCUCCCGCGUCCAGGGAGAGGCCGCAAAAGGGGGAGCGGUCAGAGCAGGCGAAACCUCCAAAGGCACUCUAUAUUCCACCAGUCGAAAUCCCGUCCUACUUCGCCAGAUCCGUCAGAACCCGGUUCACCCACGUUUUCAAAACCUGUUGCACUCGACUCGCUGAGUUCGGUGUCGAAGAGCCGAGCACUGUGCUCGACGUCUACGCCCAAGAGCUGAGCGAGGGCAACGUCUUCCGGGUCCUUGGCUACGAAGAAGACCGUCUCAAGAGGAUGUCUUUGGACCUGCACGAAAACUCGCGCGACGCCUACGAGAAGUACCUCUGCCAGAUGCUCUACGAAUGGGCGAGCCACCCCGAAGGCGCGAAGGCGCUUGCUCCCCACGUCUCCCCCGCCGUCCUCCAGCAGAUGCAGACCCUCUUCCACGCCGCGGACCGCUCGCUCCUCGAGUGGGACUACACCGCCGCGCGUUACGUGGGCCCGCGCCGCUUCAUCAUGCACGUCGGGCCGACGAACUCGGGCAAGACGCACCACGCCCUCCGCGCCCUCGCCGCGUCCAAGCGCGGGCUCUACGCGGGCCCGCUCCGCCUGCUCGCGUACGAGAUCUUCGACCGGCUCAACAAGGGCCAGAUCGUGCCCGCUGGCAUCGACGCCGCCGACGCGGAGCCGGACGCGGACAGCCACGUCGCCGACGCCGACGACGCGCAGCGGGACGUGGUGGUGACGAAGAAGGGCAACCCGCGCUGGGCGCGCGAGUGCAACAUGAUCACGGGCGAGGAGAUGCGGAUCGUGAGCGCGGACGCGCAGCUGCUCAGCUGCACGGUCGAGAUGGUCCCAAUCUCGUCCCGGUGGCAGGUUGCGGUGGUGGACGAGAUCCAGCUGAUUGCGGACCCGCAGCGGGGAGGGGCGUGGGUCACCGCGGUGCUCGGGUUGAACGCGGAGGAGAUCCACCUAUGCGGUGAGGAGUCGGCGGUUCCUCUGGUCGAGGCCAUGAUCAAGGAUCUGGGGACACACUGGAGGUCAAGAGGCUCUGGGGACUUCUCGCAAAUUACCAAAGGCGAUUGCGUCGUCACUUUCUCGCGGAGCGGCCUCUUCCACGUCAAGGAACAAAUCGAGCAGAAGGUCAAAGGAGUCAGGUGCGCUCUCGCCUACGGACGUCUUCCUCCCGAACUCCGCACGGAACAAGCUGCACUCUUCAACGAUCCGAACAACAACUACGACGUCCUCGCUGGAAGUGACGCUAUUGGGAUGGGGUUGAACCUGAAAAUCAAACGCGUCAUCUUUGAGGCCGUCGAGAAAUUCAACGGCAAGAGCUUCACACCUCUGUCGACAUCGCAAAUCAAGCAGAUUGCGGGGCGCGCCGGUCGCUUUGGCCUCCACGACGAGAAUCCGGCCGGUGUCGUGACUACAUUGAAACAGGAAGACCUCCCCGCUCUCCGCGAAGCUGUUGCGGCCGCCUUCCAGCCCCUUCCGCACGGCUAUGUGACCAUGACCAAAGGGACCUUCAAUGCCAUCGUGAGCGCGCUGCCCGUGGGCUCGUCGAAUCUCACCGUCGCUAUGGUGCACAAGUAUGUUUCGAAGCAGUCUCCCUUGUACGACUUCCAGUCACUACAGGACAUCACGCACACUUUGAAGGCUCUCGACGAUCUGAACAUCAAGCUCCCUGUUCCCGACCGCGUCACCUUGAGCAACGCACCUGUGCCGUGGCGGGACCCCAAGUGCGCGGCUGCGGUGAAGAAACUGCUCCAGAUCUUCUCGCGCAAAUCGUAUGUCACUGUCGAGGAGGUCCUUGAGCGCGCGCAGCUGCUCAAGCCCCUCAACGACACUCUGCGUUCACUCAGCUCCCUCGAGACGAUUCACAAACUGCUCGUCGUCUACCUCUGGCUCACAUUCCGAUACACCAUCCAAUUUCCGGACCGCAAUAAGGCGUACAACCUGCAGCACACGACAGAGGCCGCCAUGGACUGGUGUCUGGAGAUGAUGCAUCUGCUGCGCAAGGGUCAAGGAAUACCGCAGUCGCGGAAGCCCGGGCAAAGAUUCGGCGUCGCAGACCUGUAG